AUGUGCCUGCAUCAGAAGGCAACUUCCGGAUUUGCCGAUUUAUCCAAAUGGCCCAUCUGCCUCUGCGCUGCUCUCACGAAACCCACAAAAUCCGGCCUCCACAGCUUGGGUCAUGUGUUUGCUCGGCUGAUCGGCCUUGUGACUUGGUCCAUCAGUGCUUCCUGGCCGGCAACCUAUCCGUCCACCAGUCAUGUUCCUAGGCCGGCAACGGUGCUGGUCGUCACGAUGGCCGUUACCGUGGCUGCGACUGCAGCCUCCGCCUCCGCCUCCUCGUCAGGAUCCAGAAGCGGCGCUGGCAGCGGUAACGCAACCUCUGGCGGAGCGACGAGCAGUGCGGGUGGCAACAGUCGUGGUGGCGCCUCUUCCGCGGCUGGUGCUGCGCGAACGGCCGCAAUCACAGUACAACAACUCAACUACACAAUCGACGAAAACACUGCCACAGGCUCUGUUGUCGGCCGGCUUGCUGAGGACAUGUACCCUCGACCGUUGGCGGAGGCCCGCUUCUCGAUGCCGGAAAACGCGUUUUUUCAAGUCAGUCUGUCUGGCGUCUUCACCGUGGCGGGACCCAUUGAUCGCGAUGGCAACCGGCAACUGUGCGUACAGCCGGGCUAUCCUGCCGUGUGUCAAUGGAAUGGUCUCAUCAUGUCCAGCACGGGACAGUAUAUUCCGGUCGAAGUGGCGGUGCAUGAUGUCAACGACAACCCACCCAGUUGGCCGAUUGAUGAUGUCACUCUGGACGUGCCCGAGAACAGCCCGGCCAGCUACACUGCCGAGUUGCCCCUAGCUACAGAUGCUGACUUUGGCAUAAACAGUGUCAAAGCGUACCGCCUGCUCGACUCUCCGGCCACCGCAGACCUAUUCACUGUUACAUACAGCCAAGCGCCAACAAAACUGCACGAAAGCAGAAACUUGGCUGCAACCAUGGCGACGUCGCCGUUGCCUCGACUGCACAUUCUGCGGUCAUUGGAUCGCGAAAGCGCUGCUUGGCAUAAUCUCACGCUUCUGGCGUUUGAUGGUAGCCCACCUUUUCAUACAGGCAGCCUGCAUAUCCACGUUCGUGUGACUGAUGAAAACGAUAAUUCCCCGGAGUUCAGCAGUCCCGUCUAUACGGCUCGUUUGGAAGAGGCGACUUCUGUCGGCAGUCUGGUACCUUUGAGUGCCAGUCCAAGGACUGGUGAUGGUACCAAAGAUGGACUAGGCUUCAGCAAUCGGUGGUUCAGCACAGGCGGCCAAGUGAAUGUGGUCGGAGGAAGAGGGGGUCUGCAUGCGGUGGAUCGGGACGAUGGGCCAAACGGGAACGUGCGCUAUUCCUACGCUCUGUCGACGCCAAUCGGCAUCCAGCAGCUGUUUCGGCUGGACGAAACGACCGGUCUGCUGCGCGUCGCACGGGAAUUGACGUACGGAGCCGGAGCCAACGCAUGGACAUUCGACGUGAUUGCGGAGGAUCGUGGUCGUCCGCCCCGCUCGAGCAGCGCCAAGGUCACCAUAGAAUUAGUCGACUCGAACAAUCAUGCUCCAGCGGUGGCACUUCGUGUGCUCCCGGCCGGAAGACUGCCGGCCAAUAUGUCCACUUCUGCCCUUGAAACACUGGGCGUAAAUGACGUGAUGGGCAGUCCUGACGACUGUGUGUUCAUCAUGGAGAACCGGCCCCCCGGUAACGAGGCGCUAGCCCAACUGACGGUGAAGGAUGCGGACACGGGAAAUGGGGGACAAUUUGAUUGUAGUCUGGUUCAGCCAAUACAGACAAACGGUCUGACAAAGUUUUCCAACUCAUCGCUGACCUCCUUCAUUCCUGCCCAGCCUACGUACGGUCAAAAAUCAUCCUCGCCUUUCUCCAUUGUUUCAGGAACGAGUAUGGUUAGAGGAUUCGGAUUAAUCGAGCUUUGGCGCCUGCCAGGACUCAAGGUCUAUAACCUAAUGGCGACGCGCUCAUUCGACAGAGAAGCAGAAGUAGUGAGCAAGGUGACAGUAUGGUGUAUGGACCAAGGAAGUCCAAGAUUGAAAUCGAGCUUUCAUAUAUUUGUGCUGAUUGGCGAUGAAAACGACAACGCACCUUAUUUUCAACAGCCAAGAUACCAUUUGAAGGUUUGCAUAUUUCGCAUAUUUGCUAUCUCUUGA